CACUGACAAAGUCUAACCAACAUGCUAUAUAUCCAUUCCUAAAAAUAACAUAUUGGAUUAACAUAUUUCAGAUUUCUGUAAGUCUUUUUGGUCUGACACUCCAGAACCAGAAAACAUGACACCAGCCAUCUCCAGAACCGCUGCAGGGGAGAUAAACCAUUGGUGGAGCCAAAUGAAGUUCCGACUUCAGCAUAAAAAGGGCUGGAAUGAAAUGUUAGAUGAGACCUUCCUCAUGCAGACAAAAAGAGUAAAUGACAUUCCCCUGUUUUCGGCCACUAAGGAGAAUAAUGCAGCCUGUAUUAAGAAACUUCUUGACUGCGCAUCAACAAACAUCUUUGAGAGAGGAGAGCUUGGAGAGACUGCAUUGCAUGUUGCUGUGUUGAAUGAUAAUUUUGAAGCAGCUAUGGCAUUAAUGGAUGGAGCACCAGAGCUCAUUAAUGAGCCUAUGACUUCUGAACUUUAUCAAGGUUUAACAGCCCUUCAUAUUGCUGCAGUUAAUCAGAAUGUCAAUUUAGUCCGGGAGUUGAUAAUUAGAGGGGGUGAUGUCGCGACACCCAGGGUCACAGGCAUGUACUUCCGCAAAAGAAGAGGAGGACUUCUGUACUUUGGUGAACACAUCCUGGCAUUUGCAAGCUGCGUGGGUAAUGAAGAAAUGAUCACCAUGCUGAUAAAGGCUGGUGCUAAUAUUCGGGCUCAGGAUUCCCUGGGUAACACCAUUCUACAUUUGUUGGUAUUGCAGCACAAUAAAACAACUGCAUGUCAGAUUUUUGACAUGCUAAUGACAUGCGAUGCAGAACUGGAACCUACUGUACCUCUAGACAUGAUACCCAACUUCAGAGGCCUCACACCUUUCAAACUUGCUGCUAAGGAGGGCAACAUUGUGGCAUUCCAACACUUGGUUAGCCGCAGACGAAUUAUUCAGUGGAGUCUGGGGCCAUUGUCCUCCAACAUUUAUGACCUUACUGAGAUUGACUCCAGGGUAGAUGACCUCUCAGUGCUUGAGGUUAUUGUCAGCAGUCAGAAAAGAGAGGCCAGGAGGAUUCUUGACCUGACUCCAGUGCGACAGCUCGUCAGUCUGAAGUGGAAUCUUUUUGGGAAGCAUUACUUCAGGUUAUUGAUGCUGGUGUACCUGCUGUACAUUAGCAUAUUUACACUGUGUUGUAUAAACCGCCCCCUAAAGGAUCUUCCUGAGAAUUACACCAAAGCGGACAACGAUCCCACCAUAAAAAUGCAGAAAACUUUCCAGGAGAGCUAUCAAACACGUAAAGAUCACAUCCGUUUAAUUGGAGAAAUUCUCAGUGUCAUAGGAGCCAUCAUUAUUCUGCUGAUAGAGAUUCCCAGUAUUUUGAAAGUGGGGGCUAAACGCUAUUUCGGCCAAAGUGCCCUUGGAGGUCCGUUCCAUGUUACUUUGGUUAGCUAUGCAUGUCUAGUUGUGAUUCUGUGUGUGCUGAGGACAACUGGAAUGGCUGGAGAAGCUGUGCUAAUGGCUUGGUCUCUGGUUCUUGGCUGGUCCAAUGUUAUGUACUUCGCCAGAGGUUUUGAGAUGUUGGGGCCCUAUGUCAUUGUGAUCCAAAAGACAAUAUUUGGAGACUUGACAAAGUUCAUGUGGUUGAGCCUCAUCUUUCUCAUAGGAUUCUCUGCUGCCUUGUGGAUAGUCUACAUGACUCAAGAACCUUUGGCUGUACCAGCAUACCGUUCUUUCCCCAUUUCCUUAUUCUCUCAGUUUGAGUUGAGUAUUGGUCUGAUUGACUUGCCUGUGGACCACACUAUCUACACCCAUCCAGUCGUGUUCUGUCUCCACAUCUGCUUCAGCGUUGUCUCUUACAUCCUUCUGUUUAAUCUCCUGAUCGCCAUGAUGAGCGACACACAGUGGCGGGUCACCCAGGAGCGUGACGAACUCUGGAGGACACAGGUGGUGGCCACUACUCUGAUGCUCGAAAGAAGGCUUCCACUGUGUCUGUGGCCAAGGCUGGGUGCAUGUGGUAUGGCGUAUGGCCUGGGUGAACGUUGGUACCUCCGAGUGGAGGAUCGCAAUGACCCAUUGGUGCAAAAGAUGAGACGAUAUAUUAAUGCAUUUGCAAAGGAUGGAAAACCAGUCAAUGAGAUGGAGGAUACUGGGAAGAGUGACAAUGGAAGUGAUCCAUUGCAAAUCAAGUCUAAUGAAGGACAUCAGAUUUCAUCCAAAAGGAAGCCACUAAAAUGCUGGCAGAUUAUUCGUCAGAGUAUAGAAGUUGAUAGGGAAGAAAAUGUGGAUUGCCCUGAUUCCUAAUGGAAGUAUAUGUGUAAAUGGGUUGGGGUCAAGUUGUAAUGUAAAAGUUAUGUGACAUUCAUAAAACAAAUUAAGGGUACCAACUUAUUCUGAAUUAUUUCAGUGUUUUACUGUAUUUAAAUGUAUAAAUGUUGUGUUUGGUAGAAAAAGUUGAACUGUGCAACAUGAAUAUUGUUAAAUAUAAGGGUAGAAGUUUAAUCAAGCAAUACAAAAAGAGACAUUACAAACUAGAGAAUGAAUGUGCAAUUCAGGCAUUUACUUUAGUUAAAUAUUGUGUGGACAUUAGACAUGUUAAGUGCAAAUAAACAAGCUUUGUAUAUAUGAUCACAACAAUUAACUUGUAUUAGUUCAGUGAUAAUACUGACAAAUAAACUGGACAACUUCCAAAAAAAAAU